AUGGCGCACUACAUGCGUGGCCUUCGCUUUCUAUUCAUCGCGGUCUCCGCUCUCAGCUCCGUUAAUGCGAUUCCCAAUGGCAUUACGCUCUUCGAUCCUGCUGGCGACUUCGACUACCAGAUUGGUGGAUCUUUUACCCCUGCCUCGUCUGUCACCACGGUUUCUCGCGACAAAGACGAUAGUCCUGCUCCGGGGCUAUACAACAUCUGCUAUAUCAACGCUUUCCAGUCGCAGGAUGGUGACGACAAGACCUGGUGGGAGCAGAAUGCUGCAAAUCUUCUCCUCCAGAAGAACGGAAAGCUUGUGAUAGAUCCUGACUGGGACGAGUACAUAUUUAACACGACGACCGCUGCCAACCGGAAUGCACUGGCCGUUAUUGUCGAGCCUUGGAUUGACGAGUGUGCAUCCAAGGGUUUCAAUGCAAUUGAGCCGGACAAUCUCGACACGUACACCCGGUUCAGCCAGCUGACCAAAGCCGAUAAUCUCGCUUUCGCAAGAAUUCUUUCGGACUAUGCACACUCUAAGAACCUCGCCUUUGCUCAGAAAAACACGGCCGAGCUGCAGGCUGCAGACAAAACGACCGGUGGCUUUGACUUUGCGAUCGCGGAGGAGUGUGCGGUCUACAACGAAUGCAGUGCUUAUACAGCGUUGUACGGCAACCAUGUCCUUGAGAUUGAGUAUUCCGACAACGGAAUCGACUACUUCAACCAAGCUUGCGCAGCCCUCGGUGCCCAGAUACCCAUCAACUAUCGCAACCGCAACGUGACUCCAAAGGGUGUCGAUAUGCACUGCUGA